CUUUCACAACCCAAAACUCUACACCAAAGUCCCACCAUUUCAAAGUCAAGAACAGAAUCAAGAACCCCACAAAGACAGUUGAUUGGAUAGCGAGAAAAAGAGAGAGAAAAAAAAAUGGAAGGAGGAAGCAUUCACCUGAAGAUUUCAGGCCUCCAAUACAGGCUUAGCGACACCUUAAGUCCAAACACAACAAUGUUUGAGCCACAAAGCAGCAUAGAAAAGGGAGACAGCACCAGCAAUGAAAACUCUAUCAAUCCAAGCUCAGCACCAGAAAAGAAGCUGACCCUCUUUGCGCUUCGCCUUGCAGUGCUCGAAAAGGCGGCGACUGGCCUAGGAACUCUUGGUUUCAUCUGGGCAACGGUUGUUCUUUUGGGAGGUUUUGCCAUUACUUUGGACAAUACUGACUUUUGGUUCAUCACCAUCAUACUUUUGAUAGAAGGGACUAGGAUUUUCAGCCGCAGCCACGAGCUUGAGUGGCAACACCAAGCGACAUGGUCCAUUGCCGACGUUGGAAUCAGCAGCUUUCGUGCCUUGAGGUCGAGCUCUAGCUUCCUGCUCAGUAGCAUCAGGGCGGCUUUUAGUCCUAUUUUCAAGCGCAGCCAACGGAGUAGGGAGAUAAGAGAAACCGGCGAUGUGAACACCGCAGCAAACUGGGAUUACCAGAGGAAACCAAUUCGGAGAUGGACAAGUUCAGAGGUUCCUUUAUUGCCGUAUGCCAAGUGGGUUUUUGUCACGAGGCACGUUAGUAGGCUUCUCUAUUGGCUCCAGCUUUUAUCAGCAACAGCAUGUGUUGUCCUCUCAGCAAUGAAGCUUAUCAGAAGAGACUAUGGAGAGGUGGAAAAAGGCGAUACCGAUAAGAGAAAUAGGAAAUCUGCUUUGAUUAUCUUCUAUUCCUUGGCCUUGGCUGAAGCUCUUUUGUUUCUGACGGAGAAAGCUUAUUGGGAGUGGAAAGUCUCAUAUUGCAAAUUGUUGGAUGAGGUGAACAAAGAGUCUGAAUUGGGGCCUUCGGGUUUGGUUUCUAUUAGAAGGUUCUUCUAUGAUGCUUAUUCAAGAUGCGUAAAUGGGAGUAUAUUUGAUGGCCUCAAAAUGGACAUGGUUACUUUUGCCAUGGAUCUUUUGGCCUCUAGUUCUCCUGAUGAGCAGCUCAUUGGGGCGGGAAUUCUUUGCCAUUUCUCAUUUAGUGCACGUUACUCCGACGACACCCUGCAGAAGAUUGGACUGGACCUUCCUGUGAUUGAAAAGCUAGUUGAGAUGUUGAAUUGGACAGAUCCACAAGAAGAGGAGACCAGAGGAUAUGCUGCAGUGAUAUUGUCAAAGCUGGCCGGAAAGAAGCAGAACUCGCUCCGUGUGGCUGGAAUACCUGGCGCGAUGGAAUCAAUAUCCUCUCUUCUACAAACCAACAGAAACUCGGCUGGUGCAGCCGAUGAAAUUUGCGAGAGGAAAGUGGUUUUUGACCAUCCUAGCUAUGAGUUCUGGAAAUUCAAUCAUUUAGGACUCCUCAUUCUGAAGAAGCUUGCCCGUGACCAUGAUAUCUGUGGAAAGAUUGGAAACACAAGGGGUCUGUUGCCGAAAAUCAUAGACUUUACUCAUGCCGAAGAGAGGCUGCUGAAGGAUCAAAAUGCCGCGACAUCGCAGAUUCUGACCGUGAAACGUUCCUUGCAAGUAGUGAAGAGGCUGGUGAGCACAACAGGCGCCACGGGGAAGCAACUUCGAAGAGAGAUUUCAGAGAUAAUUUUCACAAUCAGCAACAUCAGAGACAUUCUAAGGCAUGGGGAGAAACUUCCAGUGCUGCAACAACUAGGCAUAGAAAUCUUAACCAGUCUGGCAUUGGAGGAGGAUGCAACCGAAAGGAUUGGCGGUACAGGCAGGGUGCUUAUGGGGUUGUUCAAUAUCUUCUUCAAGGAAGGUUUGCCACAGAGUCACAACCAAGUAAGAACCGCGGCCGGAGAAGCUCUAGCCAUGCUGGCAUUGGAUAGCAAGAGCAAUUGUCAUAGGAUGUUGAGAUUGGAUGUGCUAGACAAGCUUGUCGGGGCUUUGGAGGUUCCAUUGCUGUGUGUGAAUGCUGCUAGGAUUCUUAGAAACUUGUGCACUUACAUCAGUACAGACAGCUUCAAGCAGCUCAAGGGGGUCACAGCUGCAGCACCUACAUUGCUUCGGGCAAUCAUGUCAGGAGAGAACAAACUGCAGGAAGUAAUGGUCGGGCUAGCAGCACAUGUAUUCAAAUUCAUGGAUCCUCAAGAAUCAAGCCUCAUGUUCGAGAGAGCCGGAAUAACCGAGGCUGAACUGGCUAAUGCUUUGGUUCAAAUUCUGAGGAAGUACAAACAACCCCACAUCAAAAUUCCGAGAAUCAGGAGGUUUGCCAUAGAGUUGGCCAUUUGGAUGAUGAGAGACAAAGCAUCAAAUGUUCUUCUCUUUCGGGAUUUAGGGAUGGAAAAGGAGCUUGAGGGUGUACUGGAGACAACAGCAGAGCUUGAGAGCUUCAAUAUGUUCUCUGGCACUGUUGGAAUGAGCCGUCACAGCAUAACAAUUCACUCACUUGUUGAAACUGCAUUGAACCUACUAAUGGAUGGGUGAAAAUCUACCACCAAAAUGAUGCAAUGAUUUGUAAAUACUGCUUUCUUGCAAGUUUUUGGAGAUUCAUUGUUUAUUAAUAUUUUUUU